AUGUUCAUUAAUCGAUGAUUAUUUUCUACUAACCAUAAAGAUAUUGGCACCCUCUACCUUUUAUUCGGCGCAUGAGCCGGAAUAGUAGGAACUGCUCUUAGUCUUCUAAUCCGUGCUGAACUAGGUCAACCUGGCGCCCUGCUAGGAGACGACCAGAUUUACAAUGUAAUCGUAACAGCCCACGCAUUUGUAAUAAUUUUCUUCAUAGUAAUACCUAUUAUAAUUGGGGGCUUUGGAAACUGACUCAUCCCUCUGAUAAUCGGUGCACCUGAUAUAGCAUUUCCACGAAUAAAUAAUAUAAGCUUCUGACUUCUACCCCCCUCUUUCCUUCUCCUUUUAGCUUCCUCAAUGGUAGAGGCAGGCGCAGGAACAGGAUGAACCGUUUAUCCUCCCUUAGCAGGAAACCUAGCACACGCAGGAGCAUCCGUAGACCUAGCAAUUUUCUCCCUACACUUAGCAGGAAUUUCAUCUAUUCUAGGGUCUAUCAACUUUAUCACUACUAUUAUUAACAUAAAACCUCCCGCUAUAUCACAAUACCAAACCCCCUUAUUCGUAUGAUCUGUCUUAGUUACAGCUGUAUUACUACUUCUAUCCUUGCCAGUCCUAGCAGCAGGUAUUACUAUGUUACUCACGGACCGCAAUCUGAAUACUACUUUCUUUGACCCAGCCGGAGGAGGAGACCCUAUCCUAUAUCAACACCUAUUCUGAUUUUUCGGACACCCCGAAGUUUAUAUCUUAAUUCUACCAGGAUUUGGCAUUAUUUCACAUGUAGUAACUUACUACUCAGGAAAAAAAGAACCUUUUGGUUACAUAGGGAUAGUAUGAGCAAUGAUAUCAAUCGGCUUCCUAGGAUUUAUUGUAUGAGCCCACCAUAUGUUCACUGUAGGCCUAGACGUAGACACACGAGCAUAUUUCACUUCAGCUACCAUAAUUAUUGCUAUCCCAACAGGUGUAAAAGUAUUUAGCUGAUUAGCUACGCUGCACGGAGGGAACAUCAAAUGAUCUCCAGCUAUGCUAUGGGCCUUAGGGUUUAUCUUUUUAUUUACAGUGGGUGGCUUAACGGGUAUUGUAUUAUCAAACUCAUCACUAGACAUCGUUCUUCACGAUACAUAUUACGUAGUAGCACAUUUUCACUACGUUCUUUCAAUAGGGGCAGUAUUUGCAAUCAUAGGCGGAUUCGUUCACUGGUUCCCAUUAUUUACAGGCUACACCCUAAAUGAUACUUGAGCAAAAAUCCACUUUACAAUCAUAUUUGUAGGAGUAAAUAUAACAUUCUUUCCCCAACAUUUCCUAGGAUUAUCAGGUAUACCUCGACGCUACUCUGAUUACCCAGACGCAUACACAACAUGAAACACAGUAUCUUCCAUAGGCUCAUUCAUUUCACUAACAGCAGUAAUACUAAUAAUCUUCAUAAUUUGAGAAGCCUUUGCAUCCAAACGAGAAGUAUCUACAGUAGAAUUAACCUCAACAAACAUCGAAUGACUACAUGGAUGUCCUCCCCCAUACCACACAUUCGAAGAACCAACCUAUGUAUUAUCCAAGUAA